UGCAGGCCGGUUUGUGCGCAGCUCCGCCAGCUGACGCAGCAGCAUCUAGCAACAGUUAGCGGUGGGGUCCAGUUAGUAGGAACUGGGUGUGAGUCACUACAAGCCUUCGGUGAUCAUUAUUAUUUCUGCUUACAAUGAAGAAAUUAAAAAGGCCCACGUCCUGACGUCCACAGUGUGGUCAAUGAACGUCUGUCGCGGCGAGGGUGACUGACAUGGACGCUAGUGACAUUAAGGAUGUGAAGCUUUCAGCCGAAGUGGAACCGUUCAUCCCACAGAAAAAAGGUCUUGAAGGAUCCCUGGUCAGCAUGAGUCUUUCUGGAGAGGCGGGUGGUGGAGGAGGAGGGAGCGGAGGUAUAGGAGGAGGUGGAGGGGUGGAAACCACACCCAUACCCAGCUACCUCAUCACCUGCUACCCUUUUGUCCAGGAGAACCAACCCAACAGGCAACAUCCUAUGUAUAACGGAGGGGAGCUGCGCUGGCAGCAGCCUAACCCCACGCCUGGUGGUCCAUACCUGGCAUACCCCAUCUUGUCUUCCCCCCAGCCUCCUGUCUCAAAUGAUUAUGCUUACUACCAGAUUAUGCCAGCCCCAUGCCCACCUGUGAUGGGCUUCUACCAGCCCUUCCCCGGCACCUAUACGGGUCCUGUGCAAGCUGGAGUGGUCAAUCCUGUCUCAGCCGAUGUCGGGGAAAGACCACUACCUCUGGGGCCAGCAUAUGGGAUGGCUAGUCAGAGGGGGAGAGGCAUGAUCCGGCCUAAUGUUCUCCCAAAGCAGCAACAGCUAGGUGUGUGCCAGCCUCCAAGGGGUCGCCGGCCUCCAACAAGGAAUGUAGCUGUGCAGAAGGAGGUGUGCACCUUGGGGCCUGAUGGUAGAACCAAGACAGUCAUGUUGGUGGAUGCAGCACAGCAGACUGAUUUCCCGGGUGAGGCAUCAGGACGUUGUGCUGCUGAACGGGCUAGUCCUCUGCUGUGGAAGAACCGAACAAAGAGAAGACGGGCAUCCCAUCCAGCUGAAACUUACAAUGAGCAGGGCGCCAGUGAGGCAGAUAUAGACAGUGACAGCGGCUACUGUAGCCCCAAACACAACCAGGCAGCUGGGGUAACACAGCGAACAGCAGAGAAUACAGCAGCACCCACGGGGGUAGAGGCUGGUGUAAUGACAGCAGGUACGUGGGUAAAUGUAGCCUCUCAGGCUACCCCGAAGUCCUGGGGGGACAGAAACGGCCAGUUUCACAGGGCAGACCAGAGGAAGAACCCUGAACAGAGAAACUUCUCACAGGAUUUCCACAGUGGAUAUCCAGGGCGUUUGCCGCCCAACCAGUCAGAACAAAGACUACAGCCAGCAGUGGUCACUGGCAGUGAGCUUGCUCCAGAGCCCCUUUUCUUUGAGGAUGAAGAUGAGUUUCCAGAUCUUCCUACUGGUGGGUCUGUCCAGCGCAGCACCAAAUCAGAAUCUGCUCCAGCUCAGACACACACUCAGCCUAAACUGCCUAAAAACCUGCUGGAUAACCUACCAGAAAAUUCCCCCAUCAACAUUGUGCAGACUCCCAUUCCCAUUACCACCUCUGUUCCUAAGAGGGCCAAGAGCCAGAGGAAGAAGGCUCUGGCUGCUGCCUUGGCCACGGCACAGGAGUACUCUGAAAUCAGCAUGGAACAGAAGAAAUUACAGGAGGCAUUCACCAAAGCAGCAGGGAAGAAGAGUAAAACAUCUGUUGAGCUGGACCUUGGUGAUAUGCUGGCAGCUUUGGAGAAACAUCAGCAGGCCAUGAAGGCCAGACAACUCACCAAUACCAAGCCACUGUCUUUUACAGUUGGAACAACCACUCCAUUCCACAGCUCAAGCUCGACCAAUGUGCCGUCCACGUUGAAGGGUCAUCAGCAGCCAUAUUCAGCCCCACAUAAUGCCCUGGAUUCCACUGCACCCCGUAUGAAGAGGGGGAAGGAGAGAGAGAUUCCUAAAGUCAAACGGCCUACAGCCCUUAAGAAGAUUAUCUUGAAGGAACGUGAAGGGAAGAAAGGGAAGGCGAGUGUGGACCAAGAGUCAACAGGCCAGGAGGAGCAUGGGGAUGAGUGUCUACAUUUUACUGAUGAUCUUACACGAGAGCCUGCCUCCCAAGAAGAAAAUGGUCUGAGUGUGCCCAGUGAUGCCUCCCUUUCCCCAGCCAGUCAGAACUCUCCAUAUAGCAUCACCCCAGUGUCCCAGGGUUCUCCUGCCAGCUCUGGCAUCGGGAGUCCCAUGGCUUCAAACGCCAUCACUAAGAUUCACAGUCGACGUUUCAGAGAGUACUGUAACCAAGUGCUGAGUAAGGAGAUCGACGAGAGUGUGACUCUGCUGUUACAGGAACUGGUUCGCUUCCAGGAGCGGGUCUACCAGAAGGAUCCCACCAAGGCCAAAUCCAAACGCCGCCUGGUCAUGGGUCUCAGAGAGGUCACCAAGCACAUGAAGUUGCAUAAGAUUAAGUGUGUCAUCAUCUCUCCCAACUGUGAGAAGAUCCAGGCCAAAGGUGGUUUGGAUGAAGCUUUGUACAAUGUAAUUGCCAUGGCAAGGGAGCAGGAGAUUCCUUUUGUGUUUGCGUUGGGCAGAAAAGCUCUUGGACGCUGCGUCAACAAACUUGUGCCUGUCAGUGUGGUAGGCAUUUUCAACUAUUCUGGAGCUGAGGGUCUCUUCAACCGUUUAGUGUCUCUGACAGAGGAGGCUAGGAAGGCCUACAAGGACAUGGUGUCAGCUCUGGAGCAGGAGCAGGCUGAGGAGGCUCUGAAAAACGACAAGAAAGUCCCACACCACAUGGGACAUUCCCGUAACCACUCUGCUGCUUCUGCUAUCUCCUUUUGCUCCAUCUUCUCUGAGCCCAUCUCAGAGGUCAAUGAAAAGGAGUACGAGACCAACUGGAGGAGUAUGGUGGAGGCUUCAGAUGCCUCAGAGCCUGUAGAGGCUGAGCCGAGUCGCCCUGCACCUUCCACAGUUACCCAGAGAGACAGUGAGGCACUGGCAGUCACCACCAACGGCGCCCAGCCUGGCUCCACUGCUCCACAGCCCAGAGCAGGGCCUUUGACACAGGGUCCCAGUGAGAGAGACGAAGUCCGAGCUGACGACCGGCUGGAGCUGGCCUCACAGCAGAGCACAGAGACCGGCUCAUUGGAUGGGAGCUGCAGGGGCCCUCUGAACUCCUCCAUCACUUCCACCACUUCCACCCUUGUCCCCGGGAUGUUGGAAGAGGCAGAGGAGGAGGACGAGGAGGAGGAGGACUACACUCCUGAACCUAUUUCUGUGGAGGUGCCCACCCUCAGCAGCCGCAUCGAAUCCUGGGUGUCAAAGACCCUGGAAAACCUGCAGCUGGGGAAGAGCCAGGAAAGUACAGAAGAGGAGGAGGAGGAGGAAGACGAUGAAGAAGAGAGAGGGCAGAGUGAGGACGAGGAGGACCUUGAUUCAGUGGACAUCACAGAGACGAGGCUAGAGGGCAAAGAGCAAGUGGAUGCUAAGAAGGUCACCGGCUGAAGUCGCUUCUCCUCCUCCCUCUUUUCUUCCAUACACUCAUUGGCUCUGUCCUGUGUUGCUCUCACAUCCCUCCUCACAGCAACCAGCAGCUUUUCUCCUUUGUCUCUAACCCCUGACACUAGACAUAAUCUCAGGUAUCAAACCAACUGACCAACACUCACACACAGCCCAUUAACGCAUUACAGAGAAACUGACCAACUUGCAAAUACACAAGGUUGCAGACCAAACAACAACUAACACUUUUUGAGGGAUAGUAAUUGACACCCAGAAUUGAGAAAAACACCCCUCUGCCCUCACUUCUUCAGCCCAUUACCUGCUACACUUGAAUACAGAGGGAAGUUGUUGAUUUUCCUCCUCUGAAACUGAACUCUUUUAGAGUCAGGGACUUUCCUGGGAGCAAGUGAUGAGGGCUAAAAAAUGUUGAACUGCUGUCUGUAGCUCACAGAGAAGGAAGGUUGGAACCUUUCAGCUCCUGUUUUACUUUAUUCGGAGCCCUGCAAGGUUUACAGCUCUGUGAGUAUUUGUGUGCUUGUGUGUGUGUUUACAGGCACAUACUGUAGUUUGCAUUUAUUUUGCUGUGUUCAUUAGCUUUAUUUUUGUAAAUAAUGUGUGCCCCCCCUCUCCCUCACUGCUCCGUGAGGGAAGAAGAGACACGCAUUUCUUAUUACUGCUUGGUUGGUAUUUAGCUUUCCUCACAGAAUAUUACAGUGCCAGGGGUUUCUGUCUUUCUACCAAAACCACUCCCACCCAUGAGUCUUCAGAGAGUGUUUUUUAAUGUUCAUAUGAUGUGUCCCAUUCUGUAUUCAGAUGAUUCAAAUGACUUAACUUCUAAGAAGCAAAACAAGCUUUGUGUAUAUAACCUCAUCUAGGUGGUUCUACUACAGUAUGUAAUUAUUUGUCAUAUUGAUUUGCUAAGUGUGAAACUAUUUGGGGUUGUUUUUCCUCUGACUGGAAUUGUAUUCAGUUCCCAGAUGCUGUCUGUGCUUCAUAAAAAAAAAAGCUCCUGUUCUCUCUGGUGGUGUUUGUUCUCUGGUUGGUGAUGUGUGUGUGUGUGAAGGGAGGGGAGGGGGGGGGGGGGGGGGGGGUGCUCUCAAGCUGUCUCUUACCAAGGCUCGGCUGGUAAUGGCCUAAGACAUUUUUAGAAGUCUGUUAAUGAGAUUUAUCACCAACACUGAGAAUCUUUUUCAGUUCUUCUAUCCAGAAAGAAAUUUUGCAAGUGUUUUCUGUUAAUAUGCAGUGAGACACAUACCUAGCAGCAAAGUAGUUAAGUUUCUCACUGGAGUAGUUUACAGGAUUAUGAAAGAACAGGGAAACUAGAAAGGUGUUGUACGUUGGAGUUGUUACCAGUAUUGACUCUUUUUCCUUUUGAUAAAUGCCACUUUAAUUAAGCAAUUGAUCAAGCAGGUGUUCACUGGUAUUCAUGAAGUUUAAAAGUGCCCAUGCUGAUAGAAAAAAAAUUCUAUAGACCAACCACCAGUCUAAAGUCAGUUCACCACAGCUGAGAAGCUCCCUCCUCAGGGCAGAGUCACCACUGUCAGUCAAACAAGUCAUCACAAAGUCAUGCACAUACUAAUGAUAAACCCUUGUAAAUACAAGUGUAAAAAAGAGAUUUUGAUUUUGCAUUAUAUUAAAAAAAAAAAUACAAUCAUCCUGUUCUUAAAGCCAUUUGAUGGUUUUAACAUUUUAACAGUUGGAAUCCAAUUUGAUAAUGGUAUUUGAUAGUGAAUCAUAGUGAGAUUUCAGCCUGUCUAUGAUGAUGCGGUGUGUAAAUGCAGUAUGUCGGGCUGUAUGCAAUGUGAAGCCCUGAGAUGGGAGACGGCGGUGUACUGAAUAUCAUACUUACGAAAGUAUUUCUGGUUUGAUAAAAGGUACGCUGUGUGUAGGCUUUUUGUUGCUCUGACUUCCAUCAAAGUGUUUGAAGUAUGUUAAUUGACAGCAAGUGUGUUUUUUGCACUAUGUAAAUAUAGUACUGGUAAACGUCUUGUAACUAAUGUGAACAAAAAAACAAACAAAAAAACGGUUCAAUGAAGUACUUUUUUCAGCGUGUUCCUCGUCUUUAUAUGGAUAUUUAAGACUGUCUCCUUCAGACUGUACAUCACUAGCAACAUUGUUAGAGGCUGUUUCUCCUGUUAAUCCUGUUAUCACUCUUAACCUAUAUGAACGGAUGAUUAAUAUCAUUAAAAUGUUGUUUAAGUAAAUCA